AUGGAAGCAAUUGGAGAAACUUCAUUUCCAGAUGAGUCUGGGAGUCAAAGCUUGUGUCCAGAGGCUCAGUCAGCAGCUGCAGCCGCCCCGAGCUGGGCCCACCUCCACAAACCCAUCAUAGUGAUGGUGAUGGGCUCUCUGAUGUCUGCUGCAGGUGGCCUCCUCUUCCUGCUCCAGUCCUCGGGGGUGACCGAGGCGUCCCGCUCGGUGGCCUCGGCCUGCCUGUCCAUAGGGCUGAUGUUUGUGGUGGUGGGGCUGGUGUGGAUCCCCAUCCUGAAGGAGAAGCACAGGAGGAAACGGUUCUGCCAGGGGGCUUGA